UACAUUUUAUUUAAAGCAGGUGAGACUUAUUCAAAGCACACUGUUAUCAUAUCGGACACAUACGUAUACAAUUUAUUCAGUCAGUCAACCUUUAUUUACUUACUAGUAAGAAAAUUUCAGGGCCUAGGAAACUAGCCCAGUCUGGUGCAAACCUCUAUCAUUUAGUAGCUGUGCUUUAAGUCUCCUCACAGAAAGUCUUCUUGGCACAUGAAUGAUAACUCCUGAUUAAUGAAGUUUGUUUGUAAAUACCAGAUCCACUUAUAUCCUCAAAAUGCUUUUUAAAGUACCUGAAUCUCGCAUCUUAGUAAUAUUGCCUACCUUUGUUUAUUAAUAUACUAUCUCAGGCUACAAGAGCAAACGAAGCAUUUUUCUUCCAGCCAUUGUAGUUACCACAGUUGGAGCAGUGGAUUGAUUUCCAAGCUUUGCUCCACUGUGUGGCGAAACAAUGACAAUCUGAACAGGGUGAUGAAAGGGGGCUUUGUGCUGAGAGCUUAAAUUUUUCUCUCAAGUGCCUGCAGCUCAGAAACAGUGAGGGUUCGGAGCCGAGCUUCAACAAAGCAAAGGAGAAUGGGAAUUCCAAACCAUUUAUCUGCAGUUUCUAUAGAUGGCGUUCUGAGAGCCAAUUGGCUUGAACCGACUAACCCGUCUUCUUCAGAAACCGUCAAUGCACCUAAUUUUCUCUUCCCAUAUAAAAGUGCAGAAGUAGCUUCAAUUCACAUUGUGCUUUGGAGCAUAUAAAAUUGAUCAGUGGAAGAUGUCAACUCCAAAAGAAAUAGUGAACAACAACAAGAAAGAAAAGAAGAAAAUCACAGCCAUCACCAACAAUGAGGUAAACACAGAUUUAGAAAUCACCCAGUCUGUGUUGUUUUUGUUCCCCUCUGGGGUGUUCUUGUUCAGCUUUGCCAUGAAAUAUAAGGAAAGAAAGAAAAAAAUGGAGGAAUGAAGGUAGGAAAAGUUUGAACGUUGUCAUUUUUAUGACACUGUACAACACACUUGAAGUCUCCCUAAUAUGCUUGAAACAUCUCUUUUUGACUGUAACCUUGUCUGUCUAGCUGAAAUCUUGGGAGACCCAUUAAAAAGCAUAAAUGGUCUCCAAUGUGGGCUGGCAAUUUAAAAACAAGUGUGGUUUUUGUAGCUGCAGUAAUAAAAUAUUUUCUUAAAAUAGAAAUGGGUAUGAAAUUAGCAUUGUUAAUUUUAUGAAUUCGUUAUCAAAUGCUUUCAGAAGCAGCUUUAAUGUCCCAUGAUUUCAGAGAGUUGUGUCCUUAGUGUAGGGGACUUUUCAGGUUUAUGAAAGAUUUCUUGAUUUUUUUUGUCAUUAUUGCAGUAACUGAAUGUUUCAUUUUUGGUUGGAUAUUUGGUUUAUUUCUAUUAUUUCAAUCCCUAUCCUGUUUAUCUGAGAGAACAACUAAUGUAGUGAUGAAUAGAAUGUUUAUUUAAAAUAAUACUUAUAAAAUUUAUGCUGAUUAAAAUUACUAAAUAUAAUUGAGGGAAUGAGAAACUACACUUGUUCACAUUUUUUAUAAAGUUUAUCGCCUUAUAAUAAGUAUAAAUAAUGCUCUUUUUUUUUUCAUCUCGAGGCUUUGGCUCUAACUAUUAUAAAAUUCACUAUCAUUUUACAGUCCCUUGCCAGAAAUGAUUGCAAAGAAAAUUAUGCCAAAAUAAAUUCAUAGCGUUGAACUGUAUGUUUAUCAGAAGAUCUCAUUUCUUUAGAUAUGCUUAACUUUGUGGCAAUCUUGUUAACACUGUAAAGAGAAAAAAAAAAUCUCCCAGGUGUGGCUAGGCAGGCUCCACCCCCGUGGAACCCAGCCACGCUCCUAUACCCCAGGCUCCACCCCAGUGAAGACCCGCAAGGCCUUCUGGGAAGGCUGUCGACAGUGGGCACAAGGCCAACUCGAGUAGAGCCGGAUAAGAUGGCGGUUCGGACGCUGCAGACAGUGCAGGCAGUUCACCUUGAGUCAGAUGCUUUCCUGGUUUGUCUCAAUCACGCUCUGAGCACAGAGAAGGAGGAGGUGAUGGGUCUGUGUAUAGGGCAGUUGAAUGAUCAUGGGAGGAGUGAUUCCAAGCUUGCGUACGCCGGAGCUGAAACGGGCCCAAUUGCGAAAAAGAUGGAUGCCAUCAGAAUUGUUCACAUUCAUUCUGUUAUUAUCUUGCGACGUUCUGAUAAGACAAAGGACCGAGUAGAAAUUUCUCCGGAGCAACUGUCUGCAGCCUCAAUAGAGGCGGAAAGGCUAGCUGAGCAGACAGGCCGCCCAAUGAGAGUUGUCGGCUGGUACCAUUCCCACCCUCACAUAACCGUUUGGCCUUCUCAUGUCGAUGUCCGUACACAAGCCAUGUACCAGAUGAUGGAUCGAAGCUUUGUAGGACUGAUUUUUGCUUGUUUCAUAGAAGACAAACCCACAAAGAUUGGCCGUGUACUCUAUACCUGCUUCCAGUCUGUACAAGCGUCAAAGAGUUCAGAAUAUGAGAGACUUGAAAUCCCAAUCCAUAUUGUGCCUCACGCCACCAUUGGGAAAGUGUGCCUCAGGUCAGCAGUCGAGCUGCCAGGGAUCCUAUGUCAGGAAGAACAAGAUGCCUAUAGGAAGAUUCACGGCCUUACACAUCUGGACUCAGUAACCAAGAUCCAUAAUGGCUCUGUAUUCACCAAACAUCUGUGCAGUCAGAUGUCUGCGGUCUGUGGGCCUCUCCUACAGUGGUUGGAGGACAGACUGCAGCAAAAUCAGCAGCGUUUGCAGGAGUUGAAACAAGAAAAAGAAGACCUUAUGGAAGAGCUGUCUUCCCUAGAAUAAAGCAAAAGAACAAAAAAUUGCGCAGAGGUAAAUACUUGGCAUACAGUUUAUAAACUAAUUCAUUUCAACUAAUUUUGACAAAGUACCAAGCUGACCCAAGGAAGAAAGGGCAUGUGCUUCAGCUAACUGAACCUCUACUGGCCAACAAAAUAAAUUCUAACAGUACCCCAGAAUGUUUCAUGGGUUUAAAGUAAAAUGGGGAACCUUCUAGGAAGAAAAAAUCAUAUUAGAAAAAUCUUCAGGAGACAACUUUAAGUUCUUUUAAGUUUUUAAGUUAACUUUGGAGUUAUUUUUUUUAAACUUUAGCUGAAAUGUAUAAUCCAG